AGGUGUCCAUGGACCACACUGUUCUAUGGUAACAACAACCUUUUGUGGAUCCCUUAGACAUAGUCUAAGAAGAGCCCCAGGCAUCUGUGGGCCACCGGUUAUAAACCUCUGGACUAGGGGAAGCUGGUAGGGAUAAAACAAAUACGAAUAUCAGAAUGUCUACGAUUGGCUCACAAUAUGAUAGGACAUAUAUGGUUUUUAAUUAGUGUGAGUUUAGACACCAGCAGAGGAGCACAAGUAAAUGCUGAGUGCAGACUACUGCUGUGGGAUGUGGGUAAAUACAUAUAUCUUUGUCCUGUGACAAAGCUCCCCCACCUACUUGGUCCACAUUUCUGCUGCUGGCAUUGUUUCCCGUGGUAUAUUUGACAGUGCUUUGUCCAGUCUAGUCUCAGUCGCGGGGCUUCCCCCACUUCCCAGGGGUGAUCCCAACACAGCUCCACUUUCCUUUGCUUAAUGUCCCCACAUCACUCCUAGUUCUACUCCAGGGCUGCAGGUGAGCCUAGAGAUGGAGAAGGGAGAGGGGACCAGCAGCCACCAGGGGAAGGGGUUGGAUUGGGAGGGGGCAUUCAGAGCCAGCCGUUCCAUUACUCAGCCAUCGGUGCAGCCCCACCUAUUCACCCCAAAUCAAUCACGAAGCUAUAGGAUUUGUAAUGCAUCAAGGUGGACGGGGAGAGUAAAUGUUCCCCACUGUGUCUGUAAAGAGGCCUCCGGCUGGCUUGAUCAAAGAGUCUGAAGACCACUAUAUUCAAGUGGCUGUUUUUCAGCGUCAAACGCGGUGCGUUGGCCAUCGUGUGUCCAAGGUGGAGCUGUUGCUAGCAGGCUGCACAGUGAGGGAACCCCCGACGGUGGCGUGCAGAGAAGCUUUUCGAGAUCAGCUGCCAGGUAUUGCAUGACAAGACCCAAUUUCUCUAGGAAGGGAGCUCUCCAGCUGAGUGCACCCUGACAUUCUCACUGGCUCUGCCUUUGGAUAUACACCCGUGUAUGGGUCCACAGGCUUCAGUGGGAGCUGAAGGCAGAAGUGUGGUGACGUGCACCUGAACCCUGUGUUCGCAGGAUAGCGCCCUAGAAGGCCGGGCAAGGGAGGGAUGAACCUCCACCCAAAUCCUCCUCUCUCCAGUUGCUUUGCAGCAGAUCAGCGUUGCACAUGGGGCCGUUCUUCUCCAUCCGAGAAGGAAGCAAGGCUAAUGGAAAUCAAUUCAAUCCUAAAGGAGUGCUCCUUUCUCAGGGGCCUUCUGGGGAAAUACAGUCCCAACCUCUCCUAGAAGACGAACGGGAUGAGUCUCCCCCACUUUGGCCGCUGCCCAGUGUGCGGGCUACAAGGAGAUAUCCACUUGGCAAGUGUUUCUCCCCUGAGACCAACACCUACUGCUAGGACCCCGCUAGCCAGCCAGCCUUCCACUGCUACCUUGAGUGGGAGGGAGAAACUAAACCCCAGCCAGACCCACACAGCUUAGGUGUUGGAUUGUAAGAGCUCACACAGGCAGCAGCAGUGGCUGAUUGCAGCAGCAGCAGCAGCAGCAGCUGCGAGGGCAGCCAGCAGAUGAGGACUUGAAAGCUGAGUGGUUUUCUUCAACCCUUCCGUGAGAGAAGCUGCCAGGUUGGUGCUGGCAAGCGGGAGUCAGCUGUCCCUCGGCUGCAUUCCAGGCAUUCCCAGGGACUUCUAAGGCAGGUUGAGAAAACACUCAGGAGGGGAAAGCAUUCGAAAAUAAUCCGAGAAGAGAUUUUACCUUGAAACUAGGACCAUGGUUUCUGGAUUUCAGUACAGCCUCUUUCUGUUCCUGUGCUUCACAGCAUGCCAGGGAUCUCCAGCUUCCCAGAACUGUCUCAACAAACAGCAGCUCCUGGCUGCCAUCCGCCAAAUGCAGCAGUUCUUAAAGGGGCAGGAAACGCGGUUUGCAGAGGGAGUGCGCGUCAUGAAGAACCGGCUGAUAACUCUGCAGAACUCGGUGACAAAAGCUGCCCCAGACCCACAAUCCGUGUCCUGCCCUGCACUGGAUGCCCCCGUGGAUGGCAGAAGAUUUGGUACCAAGUACUUUGUGGACCAUGAAGUCCAUUUCACCUGCGAACCUGGUUUUCAGCUCACUGGUUCCAGCACCCGAGUGUGUCAGGCAAAUGGCAGCUGGACUGGAGAAGCACCGCGGUGCAAAGUGAUCAACAAAUGCUCGAGCAAUCCCUGCCAGAAUGGUGGAACUUGUGUGGAUGGAAUAAACCAGUACAAGUGCAUUUGUCCUCAAGGGUGGACUGGUGAGAACUGCCAGUACCAGUCACAAACAGCCCCACCUGCAUGGAGUGUUACAAACGACCCAGCUUUCAGUCGCAAGCCACGCUGUGCCAAAAUCGACAGGACCCAACACUGCAGCUGCGAAGCCGGCUUCCACAUGAGCGGCACAGCCGACAACAGCAUAUGUCAGGAUGUAAAUGAGUGUGAGGUUUACAAGCUGGAGGGAGCCCCUCGUCUGUGCAUGCACGCCUGUGUCAACGUUCCUGGCUCUUACCGCUGCUCCUGCCCCAGUGGAUACAAGCUCCUCGGAGACGGGAAAAGCUGUGAAGAUAUAGACGAAUGCAGCCUGUCCCAGCACAACUGCACCAGGGGCAUGACGUGCAUUAACACAGGAGGAGGCUUCCAGUGCGUCAGCGCCGAGUGCCCUCGGCCCAGCGGCAAUGCCAGCUAUGUGAAAACGUCGCCAUUCCAAUGUGAACGCAACCCCUGCCCAAUGGACAGCAGAUUGUGCCAUCAUGCCCCAAAGUCCAUCUCCUUCCAUUAUCUUCCUCUGCCUUCCAACCUAAUAACCCCCACCCCUCUCUUCCGCAUGGCAACUGCCUCCGCCCCAGGCCGGCCUGGGCCUGACAGCCUGCGCUUCGGGAUUAUUGGGGGCAACAACCGAGGGCAUUUCGUGAUGCAGCGCUCCGACCGUCAGACAGGAGAACUGAUCCUUGUGCAAAGCCUGAAAGGACCCCAGACCAUCGAGGUGGAGGUGGACAUGUCUGAGUAUCUGGAUCGCACCUUCCAGGCGAAGCAUGUCUCCAAGAUCACAGUGUUCGUGUCUCCCUAUGAGUUUUAAAGAGACACAAUUUCUGCAAGUCAGCAAAUAAACAGCCGCAAGGACUGUUCCUGUUCAUCUCUCGCUUUCUUUCAGCACUGACUCGAACGAAAUUCCUUCCUUUCGAAAUGAUGAAAGGCCACGGCACUGCAGCAGUUCUACAAAACAGGACCUUAAAAGCCCAGUGCUGAGAGACAAGACAAACCACAUUACUCUGGCAAUGCCAGGAUGGGGCUUGCAAUAAUCUCAGACUCACUUGUUCUUGGGAAGUUUUGACUCCGGACACUUCUGACUUUGCUUCUCAACAUCUUCUGUAGCACAUGCCUCCAGGAACCCUAAUCACAGUAACAGAGAUGUAGCAAUGAAAUCCAGAUUAUAGCCUAUAUAAACCUCCAUAGGGUAAAUAUCCUUCCAUCAGA